CGGCGACAUCCGGUUACCGCCAUUUUAGAGAGUGAUUUGCUCUCGGCGUGUUUCUCUGGACGCUCCCGAAUGGUUCGCUAUUUUUCCUGAAAAUCUAACUAGUAGCUCUAUUAUUUUUCGCAUAACGUACUGCAGUAGGGUUAGUGAUUCAAGAUGAGCUACGGCAGACCUCCGCCCGACGUCGAGGGCAUGACAUCUUUAAAAGUCGACAAUCUGACGUACCGCACGUCUCCUGAAACGCUGCGGCGGGUUUUCGAAAAGUACGGCCGAGUCGGGGACGUCUACAUCCCGAGAGACCGGUACACAAAAGAGAGCCGCGGGUUCGCCUUCGUCCGUUUUCAUGAUAAGCGGGACGCCGAAGAUGCAAUGGACGCCAUGGACGGCGCGCUGCUGGACGGGCGCGAACUGCGCGUGCAGAUGGCGCGAUACGGGCGCCCGCCAGAUUCGCAUUAUAGCCGCCGCGGAGCCGCGCCGAGGAGGUACGGGGGACACGGACGGAGAAGCCGGAGCCGUAGUCCUAGGCGCAGGAGGCACAGCAGGUCUAGGUCCAGGAGCAAGAGCCGUUCCCGGAGCAGGUCCCGCUACAGCCGAUCCAGGUCCUACUCCCGUUCCCGAUCUAGGUCCCGUUCCCGCUCUAAAACCCGCACACCACGCAGAAGCAAGUCCAAAUCGGCUUCCAGGUCCCGUUCGAGGUCCAAGUCCAAGUCUCGCUCCAGGAGCCAUACUCCUAGAUCCAACAAAGGAUCCAAAUCACGAUCCAGAUCGAGAAGCAGACCCAAAUCUCCUGAGGAUACUGGAGCCACUGCUGAAUCCUGAAAUCUGCUGAUUCCUGUUUGCAAAAGAGGAGUUUGGGGCAGUUUGAGAGCAGUUAGUGUGUGAUCCGACCAUUGGCUGCCUGCUGCUGAUUGGCGGUUGCUAUGGAGCAGGUCGGUCUCAUUGAGUGUUGAGGUGGUGUUGAGGUACGUCUGCAGGACAAUGGACCGAGACCUUUCAUCAUCCUUGUCACAAACUCAUGUCUAUCGUGGCAUAGGCAAAAGCGGGAUGGAUGUGGGGUGUGUUCUCCAAGCUAGUCUAAGCUGUCAGGCUGCUGGGUGUCUGAUUUUAAUCAGGCCUGUAAUUUAGUACUUUAAUUUAGUAAGUUAAAUAAGCGGUUAGCUUGUUCUAACUGCCAAUAAAUUAUACCUCAGCUGGCCGACACUUAAAGUGGCUAUGAGAAAUGAAUUUCACCCUCAGGUUUGUUGGUUCUCUAUCAACGAGGUUUCUUGCAGAACAAACAUCAGGUACAUGAGGUUUCUUGCAGCACAAAAAUGAGGUCCAUAAAAUGUAAAAUAUGGCUAGUUUCUCGUUAUGUGUGGAAAAGUGCCUGUUUGUUCUGUUUAACUGAGGACCAGCUAUCGAGCGUUGCGUAAUAUGCAAUGCCUCGUUUUAUGACGACUACUGAAGAACCUCCUCCGUUUUGCUCUUUGGAACUAACUUGGUUCUUCUUUUCUUCUAGAUGAUGUCAGCUGGUUUGAUCUUCGAGGAUCGCAUCGAACAGAUGUCCGUCUGAGGAUACCCAAAUUAUCCAUAUAGCAGACCGAAAGGUUAUUGUAAUUUGGUCAAUCUUUUAAAUGAUGGGGUUUUUUUUUUUUUUUCUUUUCUGUUGCCCGCAAUUGUUUUUGUAUCUUACAUUUGAAUUCCAUGUGAUAUUAAAUGAUCUUUAUGCCUAAAUUUGGCUACUAAGUGAAAUCACUUCUCUUCAUUUUUGAUAGUUUUCUUUUUUUCUCCCAGACUAAAGUAAGUUCAUUUUAAUCAGUUUUUUUGUUCUUAAUAAACAUUUAUUAACGGACAACUUUGGAUGUCGUGAAUAUUUCUUUGACCUUAAAGGACUGGGUAGAGACUGUAAUUUGGCCACUUAAAAAAGAAAAAAAAAUCUUGCCAUGUAAUACCAUUACAUCAUAAAGAUAGCUAAUAGAGCACGUGGUGUUAUGGUUUAAAUGGAAAAUUUCACAACAACAUGAUUCUAAUAUUCUCUCUUGUGUAUUUUCUAUGCACUAGGCGCAGUUGCGUAGCAGUUGAGUUUUGCUGGUUAGCUGUUAAGGUGGCGUGUUGCGGUGCAGAGUGCUUGGCUGUUUCCAGUAUUCUCCUGAUUGCUCCUGUGUAACGCCUUGAUUCUUAAAAUUUUGGCUGCAGCAUUUAUUCUUUUUGCAGAAAGCUCCUGUGCAAGUCCUUUUGUGAGUACUAAUAAGGCAGAUAUCUGAGCUUAUUUCACAUCUCCGGAAGUUCUAUAAUUUGUGACAUGCUCACUUGGUCGAAAUUUCUAUGUGAAUGAUAAUAAAGGUUUUUUUUUUUUUUUUUUUUUUUUCUCUCUCUCUGAGCAUGGCUGAUUUGAUGUAUACAGAUUGUGGGUUUUUUUUUUUUUUUUUUUUUUAACUAGUUUGUCAGUCUAAUGUUUGGUGUAAAGAAGCAAAUUAAACAGUCCUUAACUGGAAAUAAAUUGUGAUACACAAAGUA